AUGAUGGACGGGGCCAGGCCAUCCCGCCCGGACCGGCCCUACCAACGCACCUACAAAGCCUGCAACGCUUGUCGGCAACGCAAGGCGAAAUGCGACCUAGGGACCGGACCAGACGGAUUGCCGAUCGGCCCACCAUGUGCACGAUGCCGCAGAGAGAUGCGAGAGUGUGUGCUUCCUGAGAAAAGGGCGUGGGAGAGGUCCCGCAAACGUGCGCGUUCGUUCGAAAAUAACGGCGACCAGCCACCCCACGCAACGCAGAGUACACUCAUUGCUUCACCAAAAGAGAUCAAAAGGCAUUUCCCUCCGGGCCAGCAGCCUGUUCAGUACCAGGACUCCACGAGUCCAUUUCAGCAGGGAUGGGCGUUUGCCCGACCUCAGAUGUCUCCCCAGAAUGAGCAUCACUCGUUUGUCGGCGUCAGUCCUCAUUCGACAGCAGAUGGCUCUAUGCAUGCGCAAAGUUCACCAGCUCAUCUUUAUGAAGAUAGUCGACACCGAUCCAGCUCUACUCUCGCAAAUUCGAUGAUGCGCACAGUCGUCGCGAGUGGAAAUGAUGCACUCAACAUCCUGUUUGAGGCGGCAACUGCCCAUGACCAAGAGGACAAUGCACCUAGUGACGAGAGUCCACAACGAGGCAUGGGGUCGAAAGACAGUGACUCUAAUACAAAAGGGCGACCUACUUCAAGAAACUUUGAAAGCCCGGUUGCUUUCGAAACCAACUCUCGAGUUGUACAUCCCGUUGACAUCUCAAACGUGUCGCCGGAGACGCUGCAUGUCUGGGAAGCCUGUCGGUUUGUGAAGAUGGGUUGGUUCUCUGCUAAAGAGGCGGUCACUUUCAUAGAUUUAUUCUUCCAAAAUAUGUCUUGUCUGUCUCCAAUCCUGACUGACUUCUAUUCGAGUCAUCAAAAUCAUAUUUUGCUUAUCACCCGGGAGCCUGUAUUAUGCUCUACAAUUCUCAUGGUAUCUUCUCGUUAUCAUGUACUGCCUGGAGCUGGAGGCGAGUCAAGAAAUUUCUUCAUUCACCACCGUCUCUGGCAACAUUGUCAGCAAUUAACGAUGCGGUUGAUCUUCGGACAGGAAAAGUCGACCAAGUCCAAAAUCAGGAGCCUUGGCACAGUGGAGGCACUCCUACUCAUGGCUGAAUGGCACCCUCGUUCUUUACAUUUUCCCCCUGAGACAGAUGGGUGGGAUGAUGAUCUAAUCUCGACGGUUCCAAAAUCUUCCGAACAUGCCGACUCAAACAGUGCAUCUGCCGAAAGGUGGAUUGAAGAUAUGAUUGAGCCAUCAAGGCGGUCAGAUCAAAUGUCCUGGAUGCUGCUGGGCUGUGCCCUUUCUCUUGCCCAUGAGCUUGGGAUCUUUGAGACAGAGGAAAGCGACUCUUCAGGCGAAGACCGACAAUGGAAAGAACAAAUGGCACUUCGCAGACAAAGAGUUCAACGCUUGCUAUACGUGUAUAUCAACCAACUCGCAUGGCGUAUUGGAUGCAUGUCCCCUAUACCCCAAUCACUGAAUCAUGCCGUUCUUGGUGGGCGAAAGCCCCGCGGUUUAAGCCAGCCCGGCAGCACCUGGCUGAUAUUUAUGGAUUCCUGGAUUGAGCUUACCAAGCUGGCGCAAUCGGUCACGGAUAUGUUUUUUCCGUCCGCCAGAUUUGCUCGCCAACAACUUCAUAGUGGACGUUAUGUGGGACUUCUCGAGCAUUUCAGGCCCCUACUCAACCAGUGGAAAGACAGAUAUCUCCAGCCUCACAAUCUUGCCACAGCUUUCUAUAAUGAUCUAUUCAUUGAGUAUCACUUUGUUCGCGUAUAUACCCACUCUGUGGGGAUGCAGGCGGUUGUGGAGCGUGCCCUGGCGGAUGCUGAUCCUAAUAACCCUGAUGAUGUGCGGCCGACAACCAUCGAUCCGACAGAUUAUGAGUACAUUCAGGAAGUGAUAGAUGGCUGCUGCCAGAUACUGCAAAAAGUUACACAUCUUGCCGAGGUGGGCGCGCUGCGCUUCUCUCCUGUCCGCAUCGUUCUGCGCAUUACUAGUGCUUCAAUCUUCCUGAUGAAAGCACUGAGCUUGGGGACCCGGCCAGCCACCCUCCGAGAAUCCUUAGAAGUACUCGAGAAAAGUAUCAGUGCUCUCAAAUCGAAUGCUUUGGACGAUGUUCAUCUGAGCACUCGAUACGCUACGCUGUUGGACAUGCAUGUCUCACGUCUACGCCGAAAUCUGCUCGCGUCCUCAAAAAAUGUGAAGAAUAACAAUCGAGGUGCUACGCGGCGGCCGUCAAUUGGCCCUCCUCCCUGGCCGGAAAAUGGUGACCGGGUCAAUCCAAUCAACAAACCCGUGCCACAGGAUCUAACAUCAGAAACGGGGUUCAUGCCUUCAUUGAACGAUGUGUCCGACGACUGGCUCUCGCUGCCCUUUGAUCCAUCGAUGGCACCGUUUGGAAUGAGUGCCGGUGGACAAUUUCCAAUGUAUGAAGGAGGAGCCCUAGACUUUAUCUGGAACUUGCCUUCAUAG